GGGAUAACGGCAAACUACCGUUGUCCCUGGUGGAAUGACACUCGGGAAUGAAGCAAGUGAAAGAUUGUGCCGUAGUGGUUGUCUAAGAAAAAAGGUUAGUAAUCUCUGAGCCUCUAUAAAUGUAAGGAAGGAACCUUAAUAGAUGUCACCAAAACUCCUAGACUGAAUCCUUGGGUUUAUGUUUCUAGAUGGACGGUGCCGCAGGACGUCGCGACAACGUCGACGAUGGGAGGAACGACAUUCAAGAAUUGGCACGGGUCAUCCGGCACUCGCAGCGAGAACCCUACCCCAAGAUUGAUGUUCCAUUGUUUGAUGGGAAUCAUGCCUCUUCUUGGGCAGACAAGUUUGAGCAACUCGGGUAUAGCAACGAAUGGACGAAUGAGAAGAUGCUUCGCAUGGUUAAGAGGUUCUGUCAAGUGGAGUACCGAGAUGAGAUCGAUGAGCUGGUGCGAAUCUCCCGUAAUUGGCCAGAUUUUAAGGCGCGGUUGCUGGAGAAGUACCAGCUCAGCGAUCGGUUACUCGACCUGCGAGAUUUGAGGGCGGUGGAUCGUAAGAAGUUUGGUACUACCAAACAACUUUUAUCGGAGUUUGAGCGUGUGGCUCGCCUAAUCCCGAAUUUAUCCGAUAAAGAUCGCUGCCUCAUCUUCCUUGAUAACUUCAACGACGUCGAACAAUCGAAGUGGGUUGAAGGGAUGCAAGGGAGGUAUGACUGGACUAAGGUCCGGCAAAAUGCGCUGAUGGGGAAAUYCGACGAUAUCCUCUACCGGYYGUUGAGGCAACAAAAGGWGGAAYGGGAGAAGGUGAAGCUGGGAGAGGUAAAGGACGGUGAGAUCUAUAAAACUUUGACCUGCAUUAGAGAAAUGGUGGAAGGCUUGAAAGAGGAAAGGCUGAAGUUUCAAGUCAUGAUGGCCAAAGAGAAAAAUAGUAAGAGGAAGGGGAAAGAGCCGAUGGUAGAGGAAAGUGACAGUGAGAGCGAGGAGGAAAAGGAGCCGCCUCGUAAGUUGACAAAGGCGGAGAGGAAGGUCUUGAAUCAAAUUCGAGGUGGACAGGGGACCUCCCGUAGGCAGGGGAAGAAUGGCGGACAAAAUAAUCAAGGAGGGAAUGGCGGUGCUGGCGGUGGUUCGUCUGAACAAAAUUCGCAGGAUCAAGGGCAGUUUCAGCCGGAGGGUGGACGAGGCCGCGGUCGAGGUCGUGGGAACGGACAGGGAAGCCGUUGGGCGUGGCAGCAGGAAGCCACAUGUAACUAUUGCACAGAAAAGGGCCAUAUUAUGUGGUUUUGCCAACUCCUUUCAAAAGAUGAGAAGGAGGGAAUAGUCUUCACCACGAUACGCGGUGAAGUCUUUGAUUACGAAGGGAACCUGAUCGACCCCAACAUUGAAGGGGGUAUGAGGAAGGAGGCGUUUCGCCGAAUGGGUCGUCCGCUGCCGGCGACGUUCCGGAUUGCUUCUCUCAAAGAGGCGCGGUUGGCCGAGGUCGAGGAGCCCAUGGCGUCGUUACAUAUUGAUGACUCGCCGGCGGAACCAGAAGGGUUUAGGAAACAAGUGGUGGAAUGAACACAAACCAUCACGAGGCGGCAUGCCCGAUGCCGGGAUUCU